CAUGGGGAGUGGGCGGUAUGUAAUGAUUUAUUACCGUAUGUCAUAGGUGACCAACACCAAACUAUUUUGAAAUAUCAGUUUAAUACGAAAACAAGUUAAUUUUUCUUAUGCCAUGAACAGCUCUGUGUGUAAAGAUGCUGAUCUCAAUAAAGCGAAGGCCGAAGCCUUGCACAAUGCGAUCAAAACAGUCGGUGGUUAUUUACAGCAUCCAGAACAAUUGGAUAAAGUAGAACAAUACCGACGUCGAAUGAUGAGAAAUAAGGCUUCUGUGGAGGCACGUCUAAAAAAUGCUGUGCAAUCGCAAUUGGAUGAUGUUCGAUCUGGUUUGCAUCAGCUUCAAAUUGCUCUUCAGGAUGUAAAGCAAAUAAAAAAAACUAUCCCAACACCAUUUUCUUAUCCAUAUAUCCCACCACCACAUGUUAUCCCACCACCAUUUUCUUAUCCAUGUUUCCCACCACCAUUUUUUUAUCCACGUGUUAUCCCAUUACUACCUGUUAUCCCACUAUUAUUUUCUUAUCCCUGCUUCUACUUGGCCAUUACAUUCUCCUGUAAUAAAAACCAAUCCAUUAUUCAUAGUAUGAACGAGGUUGACGAAAUUUUUCGAUCGUGCACCAACCUUGGUGAGGAGUUGGAUGAAAUCAAACAAUGUCAUGUCAAGCAUCACGAAGCAGACAAAGCUUGCCGACAUUUGAAUCAGAUAUUUGAAGUUCCAACAAAUGUUAUUCUGACUGAGGAAUACAUUCAAAACGGAAAACUACUGGAGGCUCAUCAAAAAUUGUCAGAACUCGAAGCAACGCGUGAUGAAGUACUAUUAGAAGUUUAUAGAAUGGAAAAACCAAAAGCAACGAAGAAAGAGGCAAAUCUUGUCGAGGGAUAUUUUUCAGGGAUUAAAAUAUGUUCGGAUAAUUUAUGGAAGCAAUUGUUAGUGAUUCUCCAAAGAAUACUCAGCACUGUAAGAGUUGAUCCAGCAAAACUUGUGUCCGUCCUGAGAAUUGUUGAACGCGAGGAAAGGGCAGAUAAACGUGCUGAGGAAAGACGUGUGAGAACUGGGUUCCUACCUCCCGGACGCCCAAAAAAACUAAGAGGCAAAUUAGAGAUAACUCUGAAGGAGACUGUGGCGUACAGGUUUGUAAGUCUUGAUAUUAAGCUGGAUGAGCGUGCCAAAGAUAAAAUGUGGUUGGUGAAACAUUUAGAAAGAACUAGACAAAUAAUGGUCGAAGAUUUACGUGUAAUAAAGACGUCCUGUCAACCUUGUUUUCCGCCAUAUUAUAAUAUUUUCGACAAAUACGUGCAAAUGUACCACAGGGAGCUUUCAAAAAUGCUGGAAACUAUAGUUACAACGAAUGAUGAGCCAGCGACUAUGGAAGAUAGACUGAACAUGGAAGAUCGUGAACUCAAGUCUGACGAAUGCAUUAGUAUCUUGACAUGGCUCAAAGAAUACGAUGGUCCAAGUCUGAUGAUGCAUCCUGAGCUCCAGAUUGAUGCACGUACCUUAUAUCCACUUCUUAAACCAGAAAUUCUCAUAAAACUCAGAGAAACAUAUUUUAAGACAACAUCAAGCAACAUUAAUGAGUGGAUGGAACGCUUAGCGCAAACUGAUAUGAAAGACUGGCACGAGUCGUCGUUACCAGACAGCGAUGGUGAAGGCUAUUUUAUUACGCCACUUCCGGUUUUUCUCUUUCAAAUGGUUGAUCAAAACAUUAAAGUUGGUGCGUUAGCUGGCGAAGAGUGUCAAAUCAAGAUUUUAGAAACAUGUAUCGAAGCAAUGCAAGAGUUUCAAAGAAAAUACGAAGAGGCCGUGUAUUCAUAUCAGAAAAAACAUCUUCUAGACAGGAACGAACCAUUAUAUUAUGUUCAGUUUGUGGUUGCUAUCGCUAACAAUUGUCUCAAGUGUGCAGAAUUUACAAUACAAUUAAAAGAUCGAAUGAGUGGGGAACUAAAACCAGGAAAUUUUGAGGACGAAGAACAAGAAAGUUUCAAAAGACUUUUUGACUGUUUUAACGAAUUGGCAAAGAAAUGCUCUGAUUUCUUAUUGGAGGAAGUGUUUAUGGACACUGAAGAUCAUUUCAAGAAGAUAAUGACACGAGAGCACUGGUACACGGUUGCUGUCCACGUUGAGACGAUUCUUGCUACGAUCGAAGAUUAUAAUAGUGAUUUUACUCACAUCAUGCCAAAACAGCAUGAAUAUCUUCUUUUAUCGUGCUUGGACCGAGUUGUACUUGAAUAUGUCCGUGCUAUGACUGAGAGGAGAAUGAGAUUUAAAGAUUACAAUGAAAGAAUAAAGGGUGCGGAACAGAUCAAAAGAGAAGCAAAGAAAAUCACAGAAACGUUCAACAAGCUUCAAGUAGACCCAGAAAAGAUAACUGAAAAAUGUUCUGUCAUUCCAAUGUUAUCCGAUAUUAUCAAAUUGAAGGACGUUGAAAUCUUGUCGCUUGAGAUUCAAAGUGUAGCCAGCGAAUUCAAGAAUUUUACUAGUGAGCAUGCGAUGGCCUUGCUCUCCAUGCGAGAGGAUAUCAACAGAGGAAACAUUAAUGAAAUCAUUGCUGGCGCAAAUUUUAACACUAAAGACGUUUCUCGUGAAGAAGGAAUGUUUGCGCAAAUUCAGAUAGCUGCAAACGUAUUGUGGGACAAAAUUAGUAAAUAGUUCAAUGGAAACCACCAACAUAACAUCAAGAUGAUCAUAACUAUGGCUAAAAAAAAUGGCUUGCAUAUAAAGUAAUUUAUUUUGCGUAUUUGUAGUGCCGCUUUAUCACAGGAACUGGGUGCGCUUUACAACCAUCUUCAUUACAAUAGAUAACUUCUCUUACACAAUUUAGCCUCUCAAUUCUAUUCCUUAUAUUAAUAAACAUAACUCAUAACUUUAGUUUAAA